AUGGAGGUGCAGGUUGCGCCCCGGAGAGCCUGGGACGACUUCUUCCCCGGCGUCGAGCGCUUCGCCCGGCCGGAUUUCAGAGACGUGUCCAAAUGGAACAACAGGGUGGUCAGCAACCUGCUCUAUUACCAGACCAAUUACCUGCUGCUGGCUGCCGCGGUCGUCUCCAUCGUGGGAUUUCUGAGCCCACUGAACAUGAUCCUUGGUGGCACCAUAGUGGUGCUGGUGUUCACAGGCUUUGUGUGGGCAUCACACAACAAGGACAUCCUUCGCAAGUUCAAGAAGCAGUACCCAACUGCGUUUGUGGUAGCCAUCCUGCUGUCUAGUUACUUCUUGAUAUCCUAUUUUGGAGGUGUCAUGGUGUUCAUAUUUGGGAUAACAUUUCCUCUACUGUUGAUAUUUAUCCAUGCAUCUCUGAGGCUUCGGAGCAUAAAGAACAAACUGGAGAAUAAAAUGGAAGGAAUAGGUUUGAAGAAGACCCCUAUGGGCAUAGUACUUGAUGCCCUUGAACAGCAGGAAGAGAACAUCAACAAACUGGCUGACUACAUUGCUAAAGUGAAGGAAUAAGAUGCACAUAAUAUGGCAUUCUUACCUGUUGCAGGAAUUUAGUUUCUAUUUACUUUUGUCAAAGCUUGCUUUCAAUUUGUCUGAGAUGCACAUACUGUAUAGAUUGAAAAUGGCAAGAUACAGGUAUACAAAGCUAUGCAGGGCUCCUCUAAGGCUGGGGAGGAGAGACUCACCUUUCUAGAGUAUGGUAAAAUGUCUUGGUAUUGCAUACAUAUGCACCAACUGUUUUUAAAGCACUUGUUUUCUGGCGGGGGAAACAAACAUGAAUUGCAGUCUCUGAACCUGUUCUUGGUAGCCAGUGUCAUGUCUAAGUAUUUAUAAUGCACUUCAUUGGAGGAAUGAUAUAGGGGUGGGGCUGUUUAGUGCACUACCAGUUGGCUAAAAAUGUCACCAGACAAAAAUCUGGCAGUCAGGACUGGCUGAAAGCUCUGCCAAUAAAAAUUUUUUUUUCAUUUCUUUCCCCCCCACCCCCCCCCAAAAAAAAACCUCUAGGGGGUGUCCUCCUGUCAGCUUACCUUUUCAAGCAGGUUAUAGUCAAGCCAUCUUAUUAUCUGAAGUAGCAAAUGGAAAGAAUAAAUUGACCAGAGCACACAAGUCACCUCGCAUGCUCAUAAAAUGUAAUAUUUCUUAUAGCAGGAGAUCCAAGUCUAAAUGGGCAACGUAUGUAAACUAUAUAGCUCCCUUGUCCAGCUCUGCCUACAAAGCACGGAUGCAGAUUUGACUGAAUUCAGUAGGAGAGGCACAUGUGUCUCUGAAGGUUAUUAUGAGCCUUAAAUGUCUCUGACAUCUUUGGCUCUCUUGAGGUCCAUGAAAGCUUUUUUGCAAUUGCCUUCAAUAGAGCCACAAUUUCACACUUACAAGGUGUGGGUUUUUGCAAUUGGUUUCUUCUUUCUUUUAAUACUUAAAAAAAAAACCUGUGGACUGUAAGAAUAGCUAGGAGACUCUUAUUUGGAGUUCUGGUUUUGUUUUGUUUUUUGUUUUAAAACUGUCCCUUGAGAUUUUAGGACUUACCUCAUUGUCCAAAUUGUGCUCUGACUCUUCCUGUUUAAAGAAGACACUGGCUAAAACAUACAUCUUGCUAAUUUAUUCUACUUGUGGCUCUAUUCAAGGGAAAUAAGACCAGAUUUCAGACUUGUAAAUAAAAACAAAUUACAUGUUCUUAAAACCAUUCCCAAAUUCAUGUAAGCAAUUAUUUUCAAGAGCUAUUGUUACAAAUAGCUUCAGUAAACUUCAGCUUGACUGCAGUCUGUGCUACCUAAACCAUAUGCAUGGAAAAACUUAUGCAGAUUAACAUAGUAUGUAACCAUCAGUCUUGCAUCUCUCCUCCCUUUUUUUAUGAAGUAUUUAUCUGUAACUGACUUGAUUUACAUGGCAGGUACAGCAGAUAUCCCAAAAACCUCUUCAAAGUUCAUGUGUACAAGACGCAUCAGUGUGCACGUGCGCACACACCUGGGGUCUCUUCCAAAUGAAUUGUUUUGGAGUCUGAACACCUCAUUCCAUACAAAUGUUCCAGAGUGAUCAGUAUUUAUUAGAAGCUUCUUUACGUGUAUAUUCCAGGGUAAGAAGCCAUGACCUGCUCCUUUAUUAUAGUACAUUGUCUUAGCUUUCGAUGAGUAAUUCUUGCUACACUUACAGAAGAGAUACUAGCCUAUGACUUCAUGAAUAUAUGGUUACAUUGUAGAAUUUUAAAAAUUAGUUGUGAAGAAUAAAGUUUAACCAUUGUUAAAACAGA